AGUGCCAAAAUAAGCAUCAGCAGCGGAGCGCCCAAGCACCUUUUCCACUGGCCACUUAGUUGGGGUCCGAGGAAGAAGUCGGGAGGUUAACAACCGCAGAAUCACCAUGAAGACCAUCAGGGUUCUUGUCCUCCUCCUGCUAGCAUCUGUCCAUGUCUUCACACAAGAUCAGCAAAAUCCGACGACAGCAACAGCAAACGCAAUAACACCAACUGCACCAACAAAAACACCAGCAGCAUCAGCCUCAACAACAUCACCAGCAGCCACAUCAACAACCCAAAAGUCCUCAGCAGCAUCAACAGCAACACCAACAGCAACACCAAAAGCAACAUCAGCAGCAACAUCAGCAGCAACAUCAGUAGCAACAUCAGCAGCAACAUCAGCAGCCAAUGUAUCUACCCCUGCUCUUACUGAUGCCACCAGCCAAACUACUUACACCCCAGAAAAUAAAUCUUUGGACCCAAGCUCUAACCACUCUGAGUCAAGAAACCACUCUGGGACCCAAACUAAUUAUAAAGAAAAUGAAUCUUUGGAACCAAGCUCUAACCACUCUGAGUCAGGAAACCAUGAUUCUGAAGCUCACGAAAAUGAAUCUUUGGACGGAAGCUCUAACCACUUUGAGUCAGGAAACCACAAUGAGACCCCAACUAAUCCUGAAGGACAUGAAGCCAAUGAAACACAAAACAAAGGCAAAGAACCGCAUCAAACCAAUGAACCCGCAGUGACGCAAAAUGGUCGUCAUGCCGGCAGUGAGGAAGUCUCCCCCAAAACAGACAAAAGGCUGUGGUGGAUUGCGUUGCCUGCCCUCCUGGUUGGAGCUGCUGCUGCCAUUGUGCUCAAAUUCAAAAGCAAGAAGAUCCAUGAUCACACAGAAACCAUUGACACUGGAACUGAGAACGCAUCUUUCCAGAGCAGACCCGAAAGCACUAAAGAUGGUGUCAUGCUCCUCGGAGUGAAGUCAUCAGACGGAGACAGGGCCUGCCAGAUAGAUUUUUGCGAGAAUGUUGAACAUUAAACACUUAUUUCCUGCAUUCAGCUGCUGCGAGAUAAAAAAAAAAAUAAAGAAGAAGAAGGGCAGCAACAUCAAGAUCAGCCAGCUGAUGAGUCACACCUGUCGCCCACACACGGAAGGUCUGGAGGAACUGUUUAGAUGUUUGUGAAUUCUGUGUAACAUUUUGUGAGGCAGAAAAGUAUGAUGAUGUAUGUUAAAAGCUGUUUUGUUUGCAACAUCAUAAAUCUCAAAGUAAGUGAACAUAUUUUCAACCCAAAUAGGUUCCUACAGGCUUAAUAAGUACAUCUCUUUGAAUUGAUAGCAUAGGCUACAUUCUGUAAGGAGAUGAAGCAUUGUCUGUGGAAUAUAUUUAAUGAACCUAGUCUAUGCACCCUUUUUUUCAGUAUACUGUUGACAAAUAGACAAACCUAAUUACAGCUGCAUAGCUCAUCUCCAUGUUGGGCCAAACAUGUUCUCUGUACAGUGCACUGACCUCAGAUAUUUAUCACUGUUCAUUUCAUAGUUUUAUAAUUAUCCUUUGGUUGUGUUGUUACCAGGGGUGUAAAUCACAAGUUGUAUCACGAUACGAUUUUAAAUCAAUUCUUUGGACAACGAUAUGAUAUUUGCUGAUGUCACAAAGUCUGCCACGAUAACAUUAUGAUUUGAAAACAGUUCAGGGGCCUGCGAUCGAGAUGAGCCGAUAUAUCAUACGUCCAUUUAACACAUUCAGUUACAUUUAUAUCAACUCACAAAACGCAACUAAAA